GGAUCUCUCGGCCCGGAUCAUCCAGUCCUCUGCCCGCCCCGUGCACUUGGACUUGGGUCGGUGGCGAGGACGAGGUCACACCUGCAGUUUAUAUUCUCAUUGACCCAAACAGCCGCCACCACCACCACCAGUGUCUCACAUCACCCUCUAGUCCAUACCCUUUUCUCUGAGCCAGGCAGGGCCUCAGAGGAUGAAGUCAAAUCCUAAACCCAUUAACAAAAUUAAUCCAGCCAAAGCCAGAUAUGCAAACUGCCCACCUAAUCUGUGGAUUGACCAGGGGCCCAUGGGGGCAAAGGGAGGUCGGCCCGAAGUGGUCACGAGUAGACAGCACUAACACAUGCGUGUACACAGUCCAGGAGAUAUGGGAUCGCCGGGUUGCUUCUCCCAGGGGACCUGCUCCUCCUGACCAGUCCCAACCCGGAUUCAAGCAAUCUGCUACUGGGGAGGACAAUCCCUGAGGCACUGAGAACAGGGCAAGUUGCUUCUUUUUUCCUUGGUGGAAGCCCUAAUUAGACCUUUGAACUCUAGAAAGGGAUGGUAGGAGUGAAGGCUCCUCCCAGAAUCCCUAAUUCAUCCCUGGAACCGGCCCAGCAGUGGAGUUCGAUCAACAGUACUCUGGGAAGAACUAUCUUGUACCAGGCAACAUGCUGCUGUGGCCCUGCCCCCCGUACUAGUUGCUGCUACUCUGGGUUGCCCCCUGUCAAGGAAUCUACCAGCAGUAGACUGCUCUACACCCUUCUACAUGUGGGGGCCUCAGCCACCUGCUGCCUUCUGCUCUCCCGAACAGUCCUGGACACCCUAUGGGGCAAAGUAUUGAUCCCCUCUGGGCUGUGUUCCACUCCCUCUGCGCAGGAUAACUGCCCAAUACCAACUGGCUCUGGGGCUGUGUAUCGAGUAUGUGCUGGCACUGCCACCUUCUACUUGCUGCAAGCUGUGAUCCUGAUUAAUGUCAACUCUUCUACCAGCCCCCGAGCUCGACUGCACAAUGGCUUCUGGCUCCUGAAGCUGUUGGUCUUGUUAGGGCUCUGUACUGCUGCCUUCUAUAUCCCAGAUGAACAUAUCUUUCCAGCAUGGCACUAUGUGGGUAUCUGUGGAGGCUUCGCUUUCAUCCUACUACAGCUGGUGCUCAUCACAGCUUUUGCUCACACCUGGAACAAAAACUGGCUGACAGGGGCUGCCCAGGACUGGCGCUGGGUUGGGGCAGUGCUGCUGGCCACACUGGUUUUCUACAGCAUAGCUGGAACAGGAGCAUUCCUUCUAUUCCACCACUAUACCCAUCCUGCUGGCUGCCUGCUCAACAAGGCUCUGCUCAUCCUGAACCUGUGCUUCUGUGGCAUCCUCUCCCUCCUCUCCAUCACUCCCUGCAUCCGCCUCAAACAACCCUGCUCUGGCCCCCUACAAGCCUCCAUCAUUAGCUGCUAUAUCAUGUACUUGACUUUCUCGGCACUGUCCAGCCGGCCCCCAGAUAGAGUGCUACUUCGGGGACAGAAUCGUACCAUAUGCCGGCCCAGCAUGAGCAAAGUGGGGGCACAGACACUGGACACCUCUUUGACCAUUCUGAGUGCUGGCAUUAUGUAUGCCUGUGUGCUUUUUGCAUGUAACGAAGCUUCAUACCUGGCUGAAGUGUUUGGCCCUUUGUGGAUGGUUAAGGUUUACAGCUACGAGUUUCAGAAGCCCUCCAUUUGCUUCUGCUGCCCAGACAAUCUAUCACCAGAUGGAGGGUCUAGUGGAGAGGAGGCAGGUUCAGGUGCACCACAAACACCUCAUCGACUCUCCUACAGCUACUCUGCUUUCCACUUUGUCUUCUUCCUUGCUUCGCUCUAUGUUAUGGUCACUCUCACUAACUGGUUCAGCUAUGAAGGGGCAGAGCUGGAAACCACUUUCACAAGAGGUAGCUGGGCUACUUUUUGGGUCAAGAUUGCUUCAUGCUGGACUUGUGUACUACUCUACUUGGGACUGCUACUGAUUCCAGUUUGCUGGCCAGCCACUGGACCCUCUCAACCCCCUCGUGUCAUCCGUCGGCGCUGCCGUAGAAUCCAUGUGUCUUCCUAACUGGAACCUCCCAGCUGUUCUGCCCCUACUAAUGCUGGGCUAAGAAGAAAGGACACAGCCUAUUACAAAAACUGGUUUUUUUAGCUCUAUCCUUUGGAGCUAAGGGCAGAAUAGUGAACACUGUGGUUAUGCUGUUUUGGGAUAUGAUGAUCAGGGCCCUGGCCACAACUCUGUCCAGGGAGGGAGGUCUACAAUUCUCUGGGCCAGCAGCUCUUGGCAAAGAACUCACUCCCCUGCCAGCAGCCAAACACCUGCUAUCCACCCCCACCUACCACUUCUCAGAUCUCAGCCUUCUAGCUGGAAGGGAGGAAACUGGUCAAUAAUACCAGAAGGGGGGGAGUAGUGGGGAAAGGGAGAGAGGAAAAAAAAAGUGAAAGAGAAUGAAACUGAGAGACCAAAGAGAAACAGAGAAAGAAAACCAGAGAAACUGACAGACUGUUCUUUGGACAAAGGAAAAGUGAAAUUGGUUCAGGAACUAGUGAUGUAAUCAAGGACUAUAACCCACAAAAAAACAAGGUAGUCUCCCAAGAAAGCCCUAAGGCUAACAUAUGGGGACUUUGCCAAGUUUCAGUUAUGAUCUGAGGGGUGAAAGGAUUAUCCUUGAGGAAUGACUGCCACUGGAGGACAAACAUACCAGGUGAAUGAGCAAAUUAAUUUACUACUGACCAGGCAGCCUGAGGAACAAGGCAGGCAAAGAAAGCAACACCCAGGAAACUACCAUUAGAUAAUUAACUUGACCCUCUCUUGCCUAGAGCUGGUUUUCAGGAGCUGAUUUAGAAGGGAAAAAGUCAAAAGUACAAGGAAGACAAAGGAAAAAGGAAAUGAUCUGAGGCUUACAGGUUCUCAGGAUUCCUUCCACACACAUUUCUUCAAUGUGGUUAAUAAAGAAUAAAGGUACUUUCAAUAA